UUCCUAGACAUGGUGGAGAACUACCCCACCAGCCUGCGUGUGCUGGUUCUAGCCGAGAACGACAUCAGCCCUGAGCUGCAGCAGCAAAUCUCAGAUCUCCUCUCUGAAGGCGAGGAGGAGGAGGAUAAAGACGGAGAGGCGCACGGACGCUUGGUGACCCCCAGGGAGAAACCAGCCUGGGUUCCCCACAGCAACUCUUCCAGCUCCCAGAUGGUCCUGAUGACAUCAGGACUGGGUGAGAGCUUUUUGGCAGAGACUGAGAUGUGAAACUGGAGCUGCUGAUGCUUUGUGCUUGCACUGUACAACUACUGCGAGACCACCAGAUAGUGUGCAACCUCUCACGCCGCAUGACCUGUAGCACUUAGCGCAAGACAGUUCAAAGCUGGAACAGAAACCUUAAACACCAAGUGACUUAUAAUACGCAAUAGUGAAUUAUUUAUUUUACAGAUGUACAGUCUAUUUAUAAAUAUACUGUAUUUAACCAAUAACAGUAUACUCUGUUAGAUGAGCUGU